CAAAGCACAACAACACUCCAGCCCUUGGACCUGCAUCUGGUUCAGUACUACAUAUUUUCUGCUCUGCUUCCCAUGCCUGUUGUUGUUCCAUUCACCAUCUGUGGUGAACUUCCCAGUCACCAGCUUUGCUGGAGAUGCUGAGGGUUGGAUUUGGAGAAAGCAUCUGAAGUCUUUUGUCGCAAGGAGUGGGGAGGUCUGCAGAUGACUCCACAGCACCUCCCCUUCACCUCCAGUUGACUAUGGAAGGGGCUGCUAUAUAUGCCUAGCUGGCUUUUUCCCUUUCUUCUGGGUUGGAAGAACCUGACAAGAAAAACACUGAUCUUCUUUCCUCUCCUUCACCAUGUCAUGUGGCAGGAACUAAGGAGUUAAAGAGUCAAGUGCCUCGGCUGCCAAGCAAGCUUCCUUCAGGAUGGAGAAUAAAGCCAUGUAUCUGCACACUUUGGGUGAAAGAGAGAAUGGAUCCAUCCUUGAAGAGCCAUUUGAUGGAAAGAACCUCUCAAAGCUGAACCUCUGUGAUGAUGGCCCAGGUAGCAGGAAGAAAUCUUCAGGACCCUGUGGCCAUCUGGGAUCCUUGGCUGCUCUCAAAUAUGCUGUGGUUGGUCUCUACUUGCUUGUGUUCCUGAUCUUCGUGGGACUUUUUAUCCUAGCAGUUUCCAGGCCUCAGAGCUCUCCUCAAGACCUGAAGGUGCUCAUGGGAAACGUGAAUCAGCUAAAUGAAAGUUUUCAGGACCUUCAGCUGAAAACAGGGAAGCAGCUACCCUUCAAAGGAGACAUCCUGAACCACAUUUGGAGCCUGCAAGACAUGCUUCAGAACCACUCUGACUCUCUGCUAAUACUGAGCAGCUCACUUCAGAAGUUGGAGGGGGCACUCAGGAGCCUGCAGGCUCAGGCAUCUCAGGCAGAUCGAGUCCUUUCUGGUCUACGGGAUAGCUUGAGCCAGCAAAAUGAUGUGACGCAAAUGGAAAUCUACAAGCUCGCUGUAGAGGGGAACAGUAGCCGCUUGCUUUUGAAGCACCAUGAGAGCUUACUCUCUGAGAUGGCUUCUCAUGUGGAAAGCUUGAAUGACCAACUGACAGAGGUAGGUGGGCAGGUGGGCAGCAUGAACCGGACUCUGUCUUAUGACGUAGGAAUCCACCACACCCGCAUCCAGGACCUGCAGGUCCUCAUUAGCAAUGCCUCAGAAGAUGCUCGGCAGAUGCGCCUUGUCCACAUCGCCAUGGAACAGCAGCUCAAGCAUGAGCUGGCCAUUCUGAACAAUGUGACUGAGGAUCUGAGGCUCAAGGAUUGGGAGCACUCCAUUGCUCUGAGGGACAUCACAGUGAUACGAGGGCCACCAGGACCAAAAGGGGAUCAAGGCAAUGAAGGGAUGGAAGGUGAACCUGGCCCGCCUGGUUUACCUGGACUGCAAGGGUUCCCUGGUGAAAGGGGAAUCAUGGGACAACGAGGGCCAAAGGGGGACCAAGGAGACAUUGGCCAACGUGGGCUACCUGGCCUCCGUGGAAUGACAGGUGAGCGGGGCCCGAAGGGAGAGAAAGGACAGAAGGGAGACCAAGGUGGAGAAACAGCUCCCACUUUGGAAGAGGGAAUUAUCCGCUUGAUGAAUGGCUCUGGUCCUCAUGAAGGGCGAGUGGAAGUCUUUCAUGAACGACACUGGGGGACUGUGUGUGACGAUGGAUGGGACAAGAAAGACGGUGACGUGGUGUGCCGGAUGCUGGGUUUCCGAGGUGCUGAAGAAAUUUACAGAAUGGCUUUAUUUGGACAAGGGAAAGGACGGAUUUGGAUGGAUGAUGUGGCCUGCAAGGGAACAGAAGACAGUCUGCUCCAAUGUAGCUUUUCCAGCUGGGGAAAAACAAACUGUGGGCAUGCUGAGGAUGCUGGAGUGAAGUGCUUGAGGCAGUGAUAGGACAAAUCUAGCAACCAAGGAGUGAACAGAGGACCUGCUGGAGAAGAAACUAUGGGACCUCAGAGGUUGCCAGGACUAGCAGAUGCCCUGCUUUCUUACUGCCAGUGCUGUCAGAAAGGAGCCACCAUACUUCUGCCUUUAUAUGUCUCAGGAGCUACAGUAGAAACUACAGUAAUUUUUCCAUCCAGCCUGUAACCCUACCAGGGGAGGCUCUAUUUCAUCCUUUUCCGACUUGUAUCCUCCACCUUUCCUAACAUAUACAAUGAAGUUAUGGGAAGCCAAGCUAUGUAAGCCUUCCAUGUGCGGUAGAACUGCUAUCAUGACAUAGAUUUUGAAUAUCAAAGGUUGCUGAUCAUAUUAUUGCAGGCUAUGUACGAUGCGGCCAUCAAACCAGCAUAACCACUCCCCAGCUGAAAACGUGCUUGACAGGGAGAAGCUGAGCAGCUACAGACAUAAUAACCUGUUUGCUUAGCCAGCUGAUGAUUGUUGCUUUCUUAAUAAUAAAGGUAUUUGUGUUGUUCUGUAUUUCUCCGUGUUGCACAACAAAAAAGUUCUGUUCUUCCUUUUACAAAUCUAUACUGGAUAGGAGGGGGCUGCAUGUGAAACAGUGCAGUACUUAGCAAAACAGUAAGAGCUCUACGGUAAUAUAAAACACUGGGAUAGAAUCCUUGGUGUUUAUGUACAUGCUGAAAUGUACAAUUCUUUUGCCAGGGGAAAAAACAGGGCAGAUCAUGCUGGUAGGGCAUAUAUUGGGGAUUGCAUGAUAUUUUUGAUACAAUGGCAGUGUAUGUGGGCUCAACGCUGUGUCAGUGGCCAGUGGACUUCCAGAUGUCAUUUUCCACAGUUGUCCAUACCUAGAGUAGGGAUUAACCUGUCACAUUUAAUAACAAACUUUGCCCCUUGCACUUGAGUCCCUCAUUCAUUUUUUUUCAAGUUUGCAUGCAUUCAACUAAUCUCAGAACAUUGGUUCCUCAGACACAUUCUCAUGCAAUCCUUCUUCCCAAAUCUUUCAAAAUAGGUUAUAAAGCAGAAAGUGAUGAUUCGGCAAUUUGAAGUUUUGAAACAGAAAAGCCUGUUCAACCCUUGCAAGAUAUUUGCAAAAGUCAGCCUUAGGCAUGUGUAGCUAAGAGAGAGUUAUUCUACUGUUAUAGAAUAUAUAGAGUUAUUCUACUGUUUACCUUUUUAAAAUGUUGAAGCUUAGUUGUUUUAAACUUUCUGCUGUGUUGUUUAAGAUCUCGCUGUACUAUGAAAUCUGUAAUUGCUGCCCACAGUGUACUCUAUAGCAGUGUUUCUCAACCUUGGCGGCUUGAAGAUGUGUGGA